UAGCUAUAUUUUCUAGCCAUUCAAGCUACCCCAGCCAGCUAGACAAAUGUAAGCUAGCAGAGAUAUAAAUUAGACAAAGAAACCUUGUAAAGAGACUGAAUGAAAAAGAGUUCAAAGUGACGGACCGUGAAAGGAGCAGGUGUAAUACAAAGCUUUAUGCGUUAUUCGAUAUAUGUGGGAGUAUGAAAUUGAGAGUAUGUAACAUCAAGAUAAGGUCAUGAAGGAUCCAGUGAUAACCUAAAAACAUCCAUCUGUGUACAUUUCAACCAUUCAAGAGGUGAUUAUAAGGAGUUGGUUCUUGCUCUUUAGGGCACUAGGCUCAGAUGUGUGCAGACUUGAUUGUGUAGAUUCAGUUUGACUACUCAAAGCACUGAUACAAGGCUUUAUACUGGAAACCGCACAUACACAUUAGCAUGAGUGAGCGCUAUAGCUUGCAAAUUAUAUCACAAUAUUUCUAGGAAAUUUGCCAUAGCGAUAAUUCUGACAUUACAGAGAAGGUAGAAAAAAAAAAUACUGAAAGAUGUUUAAAUGAUGCUUGCAGGCAGCAGCAUUUAUAAGUGCAAGUAAAUGAGCAUUUUCCAUUCUGCUUUUCCAGUGAGCUACUGUCACUGAUGACAUACUUCCUAAUUUAAAACAAUGCAGCGUUUAUAGUGCAAUAGUAGUGACAGUAUGAUUUAGCUGUAAGCAAACAAGUUGCUCGGUAGUGUUUUUCCUGAAAAUUUUAACAAUAACUACAGUGACAUAAACUCGUAGCUGUACAAUACUGUACAGAAUAAAGGAGAAAAUCUUCCACCUAGGAUGUUACAUCUUGGGUCCAGCUUUUAUUUAUUUCUUUAUUACAUGGUUCCACCAUGUAAGCGCGUCAGUAAUUUCCAUCCACCGUUUGCCCUUGCUGUCAUAUGGAGCGCAAGCAGAAAGUCUUCCUGUGAUGCUUGGUGGAGUCAUUUGUUUUCUUUUGAGUUGGAAAUCGUCAGCGCCUGCUGUCUCGUCCUUCUUAGCCUGGUUGUACUUGCAGUGUGUUUUGUUUUGUUUUUUUUUAUCUCAGAAGGUAAAAUAUGUUUGCUAUUUCCACCUGUAGCAGGAACAGUUUUCUUGGAAAUUUUUAAAAGUUCUGUUCUUUAUUUGGAAAUUGUGGAAGUAGCUCCCUUUUUUAGGUACCAAAGUAACAGAGUAGGGAGUGUAAAUGUAUAGCAUUGAUAUAGCAAUCAUAUCACGAUAUAUAUUUUUAUAGAGACAUAGAAAGAAGUCUCAUCGGAGUCUACAAUAAUCCAAAACAGUUUCAGUCAUACUGUGUCUACAGCAAAUUCACUGACCGCUGGUUUGUAUUUAACGAAAUGUUUUCUUUAGGUGAUAAAACUACAUAAUGUAUGAUCGUGUGCUAUGGUUAAGCAAAGUCAUAACACACACAGGAGUACAAGAACAUUUUUAGGUAAAACAUUUAUGCAUUUAAGAUUAAGUUUACAUUAUUAGUAUAAUGUAUUAUAAAACAUGGAAAUGGCGACAUCAGCUUGCCCUUUGACACUGGAUAUUGUCUCAGAAUUGGAACACUUUUGGGCUCAAAUUAAAUAUUAGAAAUUAAAGAAAUUUUACUUUAUUUUUUUAUGUAGCACAUGGUAGGAGGGAGGUACAAAAGAUGAUUAAUGCUAGGGGCGUUUGCCAAUUGUCUAAAAACAUGACCAGUUUCAUCAUUUUUAAUAGAAAUUUACUCCAAGAAAGUGUGAUAAGGAUCUCAGGGCUUUAGAGACUUUUGAACUUACUGCAAGAAAAUAUGAACUUAAAUGAUCUUACGUUAGGAGAAAAAUAAAAAUAAAACUGUGUGAUCCAGCUCUGAUAAAUAUGAGCAGUUAUAUGUAGGUUUUGGUAUAUUGCUGUCAUAAACAUGCACUGAAUAAGUGAAAUAAAAAUGGCAUUUGUAUCUUGCCAUUGUUAGAAAAAUAGUAUGGAGCACUUGAUUUUUGUUUUUUAAUUUUAUUUUAUUUUUUUCAGAAAUUUGUGGAGAGGCAUGUCUUGUAGGUGUCCAAACAUUAGACAUACAGUUCGGACGAACUAUAAAUCCUGCUUCAAUUCCUGCUGUUCUGAACAGCCAACAUCAUUUUGACCCUUUUUUUGCCAGCCACAACUGCUGAAAGAUAACCUUUUGAUUUAUUUAGUUAUGUAAUAUUGGCUGUUUUCAUUGAAGCUUUUCUGUUUUGUUUUUUCUUGCUGUAAUCAUUUUUGUAAUAAAUCACGCUGACUAUAGCUUUACUCAAACUUUGGAGAUGUGCUUUUAGGGUGACUGGCGACUUGCUGUCAAGUUAUGGUACUUUUUACAUAAAGGAAAAGUACAGAGAAUACAGUUAACUGUACAUGAGGAUGGUUUCAUUUUCAUUUUGUUUACUCAUGUUUCAAAUGUGUUUCCAGGCUGAUUCAUGAAAGCUAAACUUUAUGCUGUUUAAUUCUCGAGAAAUACUCGUUGUUUAUUGUUUUCUUGUAAUGUUAGUGCUUUAAGGACGCAAGUGAGUGGUACCACAGAGCCAGCGAUGUCACGGGUUCCCACUCCUCCUCCUCCUGGGGAGAUGUCAAGUGGACCUGUGGCAGAGAGCUGGUGUUACACACAGGUCAAAGUUGUGAAGUUUUCCUACAUGUGGACCAUAAACAACUUUAGUUUUUGCAGAGAGGAAAUGGGAGAAGUGUUGAAGAGCUCAACUUUCUCUUCUGGCCCUAAUGACAAAAUGAAAUGGUGUCUGCGAGUCAAUCCAAAGGGACUUGAUGAUGAAAGCAAAGAUUAUUUGUCAUUGUAUUUACUUCUUGUUAGCUGUCCAAAAAGUGAAGUCAGAGCAAAGUUCAAAUUUUCUUUGUUGAAUGCUAAACGAGAGGAGACAAAAGCAAUGGAAAGCCAAAGAGCAUAUAGAUUUGUCCAAGGCAAAGACUGGGGCUUCAAAAAAUUUAUACGGAGAGAUUUCCUCCUUGAUGAAGCCAAUGGACUUUUACCAGAUGACAAGCUCACCCUGUUCUGUGAGGUUAGUGUUGUCCAGGAUUCUGUUAACAUUUCAGGCCAGUCUAACAUGAACAUGCUGAAGGUACCAGAGUGUCAGCUGUCUGAUGACCUCGGGAACCUGUGGGAGUGUUCACGCUUCACAGACUGCAGCCUCUAUGUGGGAGGGCAGGAGUUCAAAGCCCACAAAUCCAUCCUUGCAGCGAGGUCACCAGUUUUUAAUGCUAUGUUUGAACAUGAAAUGGAGGAGAGUAAAAAGAACCGUGUUGACAUCAGUGAUGUGGAUCCUGAUGUCUUUAAGGAAAUGAUGGGCUUCAUCUAUACAGGCAAAGCACCAAAUUUGGAGAAAAUGGCAGACAAUUUGCUGGCAGCUGCAGAUAAAUAUGCUCUUGAGCGUUUAAAGGUUAUGUGUGAAGAGGCCUUGUGCAACAGCCUUUCAGUGGAGAAUGUGGCCGACACCCUCAUCCUGGCUGACUUGCACAGUGCCGAGCAGCUCAAAGCACAAGCCAUAGAUUUUAUCAACAGGUGCAGUGUCCUGAGACAGCUGGGCUGUAAAGAUGGAAAGAACUGGAAUAGCAAUCAUGCUACAGAUAUAAUGGAGACUGCAGGCUGGAAGUCAAUGAUCCAGUCCCAUCCUCACUUGGUAGCCGAAGCCUUUCGUGCCCUGGCUUCAGCACAGUGCCCACCCUUCGGUCUUCCCAGGAAGCGCCUAAAACAGUCUUGACUGCUCGACUGUGUCCCAGGACUUUACUGGAGGUGUGAAGCAUGGGUUUACAAAAAAGAAGGACUAGCAAGGAUACCACUCUUUAUUUCCACCAAAACUGAACACACUUGAAUAAAGAAGAGUGGGGCUUUCUGGCCAGGGAUGUGGGGGAGGCUGGCACGUGGAAGACUGACAUCAAUUGACUGGGGGGAGGAAAAAAAAAAUUGGUUCACUCGGUGUUGCUUGCUUGCUUUGCUGCCCGAACAGAAUUCUGUUCAGACUGGGUAGCAAGUCAAGCUCUCUGCUACAGUUUUAUUUUUCCUGUAAUUUUCAAAAUGGCCUUAAUAUAUCUGCCAUUGCUCUGGAGCUGCUCUGGAGUACUUUGUCUAUUUUACUCUGUGCCUGCCUUGUCACAAAGACCAGGCCUCCUCCAGGUUGCACUAGUUCCCAUGAAUAGUCAUUUUGAUAUGGAGUUCUAUAGGAACGUAACAAAGGUUUAACUAAAUGGGAAAUAUUAUAUAUUUGUAAUGUUUAGCCCGUUUUGUGACUAGACAUUAAAAAGCAUGAACACUUUCAGUGCAAGGUCAGUUCUUUACACUUUUUAAAAGAUGUGUAUGCCCCAUAUUGAUGGCACCAUUUCUAUGUAAAUGACAGUUGAACCAUCUUCAAAAGACCAAUGUACAAGAAAGUGUGUCCUAUUGCGUAUUUGUGGGGGGAAAUAGUGAUCUGCCAUUAUGAAGACAGUGUCGAUCCUUGUGAAACAUGUAAGACAAAAGUGUCUGUACUUUGGCCCUAAUAUAUUAAAACAUUGGAAGUAUAUGGACAUAUUUACUCAGUCUCCCAUUUGAAUGACUUUUUCCAGAUCAUACGUCUGUGAACUGUUAUAGAUUCAAUUUUGAGAAUUUGUUUCUUUAGUAUUGCCAACAUGCAAAUAUUAUAUAUUCUCAAUAUAUUGUGGUUAACUAAAAGUGGAGAGACUAAUGCAUGGUCAUGUUAUUGUCAAAAGAAAGUGUCCAAGUACCAAUUUUGUUUUAACCAUUUUUUUUCUGCAAUUAUCUGACAUACUUGUGCAGAAUAAAAUUAAUUGAGUAUGUGCAAAAUCUUCCUCUAACAUGCUUGGAUAUCUGUAGGAUGCUGAGCAUCACUUCUACUGGCAAUGUUAUUCUGUGUUUGAAUGAGGGGUUGUCAUUUUUUAUUCGGUCAGUCUUGUAUGUUGUGGCGUGACAGACACUUCAGAGGAUUUUGUAAAUUACGAGUAGCAUCAUUUUUACAUGAUAUUACUCAUCAUUCAGCGUCAUGUUGAGAUGUUGAAACGUUGGAAGCAAAAAAAAGAAAAAAAACAAAAAGAUGAAGUUGUUGUCUGCAAGAAUGCCUGCAUUAACCCAUUAAAACAUUUUCCAGCAGUC